CUAACAGAGCCCGCAAUCAUUCUUCUUCUGCUCCCAGUUUGUGUUUCGAACCCGCAUCUCUCUCCCAAUCAAUAACCCUCGAUGGCGCUGGAAGAUUUUGAAAAAGAGCUUGCCGAACAGAAAGAGGCGGAAAAGAGGCGGAAAAGUCGACAUGACAACGACAAGCCCUCCUCCAGACACCACAAGCAUCAUCACAAAAGCUCCCGCCGUCAUGAUGCACACUACGACGACGAUGAUACCGACCGCCACCGAUCGAAACGCUCGAGAUACUCUCCAGAAGACGAUCCCUCCAGCCACCGUCACAGACAUAGACAUAGACACAGAGGCGAAGAUGGGUCCGAGAAAAGACACCGCCGCACUGAGGACGAUGCCUCCGACCGUUCACACCGCCGCCGAGAACCUAGCGAGAUCAGAUCCACUCAACGGUUCGAAGAAGGCGCUUCCACUCGACCCGAAACGAGUCAGAUGAAACGUGACUCAUGGAUGGAAGCCCCAUCGGCCCUAGAUAUCGACUAUGUCCAGAAGAAAAAGUCAGAAGCCCAACCCCCAAAGACGAAUUCUUUGGCGGCAGACUUUGAACUGAAGAUCCACAAAAAGGAAUUAAACCACCACCUCCGGGACCUGCAAGAUGGAGAUUCUGCCGAGGAGAUGGAUCAGCCGUCUGUGCUCAAGGAAGUUGAUUACACUUUUGGCGAUGCGGGCUCCCAGUGGCGGAUGACGAAACUGAAUGCCGUCUACCGAAAGGCCAAAGAGACGGGAGGGAAAGUGGAAGAUAUCGCCUUGGAGAGAUAUGAUAGCCUUCGAGAGUUUGACGAGGCUCGAGAAGAAGAAAUGGAGUUGGAGCGUCGGAGAGCAUAUGGACAAGACUACGUCGGCAAAAUAAAGCCGAGUGGUGACCUCUACCAGGAACGCAAGCUUGACGCUGGGAUACACAGUCCUCAUGCGCGAGAACGAAAAUCGAGUCCUCAUGAAAUGGUAUCCGAGAUAGCAGUAUCAACCGCGACCCAGCCGAAAAUCGACCAAACCGCACUGAACAAGCUCCGCGCACAAAUGAUGAAAGCCCAGUUGAAAAAGGACCCCAAGCUGGCCGAUCUUGAAGUUGAAUAUGCCGCCGCGGUGGAGACGUUCAAUCAGCAAUCCCAAGACCCGACAGUCAUAACGCUCUCUGCGAUGGACAAUCGGAUGCUUUCAUCUGCACCACGCAACGAGGUCAAAUCGGUGACCAACCGGCGCGGGGCGGAGCGCGGUCAGGUGGAAGAAAACGAGGACAUGAGCAUUGCCGACAUGGUGGCAGAAGAAAGACGGACGAAAUACCAACGCGGCGGGGAGGGGGCGCGGCUUGCGGAGCGAAUUGCCAAAGACGGCAAGUUCACCAACGACCUUGAAUACAUGGAUGAGAAUGCGAAUCAGUUGGCCAAGCGAGUUCACAAAUCUGACAUGAACCUCCGCAAUGUGGCCAUUGGUGAGUAUCAAAAGAUGCAAAAGAUCCUCGAGAAUUGCCCUCUGUGUCACCACGAGGACACUGAAACUCCGCCGAUCGCGCCAGUUGUCUCUUUGGCGACUCGCACAUAUCUGACCCUUCCCACCGAGCCCGAACUCUCUUCUUGCUCGGCCAUGGUAGUACCAACAGCACACCACGUCAACCUACUGGAAUGUGACGAUGAUGAAUGGGAAGAAAUCCGCAAUUUUAUGAAAUCGCUCACGCGAUUCUACCACGACCAGGGCCGCGAUGUCGUAUUCUACGAGAAUGCGGCUUUUCCCCAUCGAAAACCCCACGCGGCUUUGGUAGCCGUGCCGUUGCCGUACAGCCUGGGAGAGACAGCACCUGCUUUCUUCAAGGAAGCAUUCCUCACGACCGAGGGAGACUGGAGCCAGCAUAAGAAGAUCAUUGACACCCUGGCAAAGUCCAAGCAAGGGUUGGGCGGGCAGGCGUUCCGAAAAACGCUUGUCAAGGAGAUGCCUUACUUCCAUGUCUGGUUUGAACUCGACGGUGGAAUUGGUCACGUGGUUGAAGACAGUGACAAAUGGCCAAGAGGAGAUCUUUUCGCUCGAGAGAUUGUCGGGGGGAUGCUGGGGUCGGAGCCCGAUGUGAUCAAGAGACAAGGGCGGUGGCAGAAGGGCAAAGACGCCAGAGUGGAUGGAUUCAGAAAGAAGUGGAAGAAGUUUGACUGGACGAGAGUGCUGACCGAAGAGGCAUGAGGCCGACGACUUUGCACGUUCCUCUUCUGAAGUGAUGCAGGAUGAGCGGAGGUCAAUAGGGGCGUGUUUGGCGGUCUGCAUACGGGCUAAGAUGUUUACGAGAACAAGAUAUAAGACUUGGCUGACUGUGUGCACGUUAGCUGGAGUCUCAGCGUAGAAAUACAGAAUGAGAUCUAGCAAGGGGUGCCAUAAUUUCCAUAAUAGAUG